UUCCACAUACUUGGGCUACAUAAAUUAUUAUAAAUAAAAUAUGACAGUUUCAAAAAGGUAAGUUUCGUCAGAAAAACAUCAUCACAUCAGUGAUGUAACAAGUGUCCAAAAGUCAUAGUUGACAAAAAGAUAUGGUGUUAAAAUAUGACUGGCUCAUACUAAUAAAACUUGAGUGAAAGUUAGAGUUAGGGUUAAAUUAUCUCAUAUAAAAUGUACUUAUACAUACAGUGUAUCUACAUGUAUGUAUUUAUACAGAUACUGUGUUCUCCUGGUUGAUUGAUUGCAUGCUUGGUUGAUUGUCCAAUCAGAUAUUCAGCAUUCUGCUUAUUAAUCUGUUAAAUUAUUUAAAAUUGGGCUCUGAUGAAACACACAACCUGCAGAGUGACUAGUUACUAACAUGAUCAAAUAAAUGUAGUGGAGUAAAAGUACAAUAUCUGCAUCAUAAAUGCAGUGGAGUGGAAGUAUAAAGUAACAGAACACAGAGUAAUCACAUAAAGUACCAAAACAUAACCUUUUUGAAUGACACUACAUUUAACCCAAAAGCACGUGUUUCCAUUGCUGCUCCUUGGUGAAUAACUGCACUACAGUAAACCGUCUCAUACCAUGUUAAAACGUGGCCUGUGUCACAUUUGCAUAGUAAAAUUUACACUCAACCACAUCAUGUUAUCUUCCAUCAACAUCCUGCUGUUGGUUUAUAGAGCACUGAAUGGUUUCAGAGUACAUUUCUGCUCUGCUGCUGCGUUAUGAACCAUCCAGACCUCUGAGGUCGUCGGGUUCAGGUCUGCUCUCAGCCCCGAGAGUCAGAGCUAAACGUGGAGGAGCAGUGAUCACUUGUUAUUCACAUGUGGAACAAACUCCCAGAAAACUGCUCCAACUCUCACCUCUUUCAAAUCAAGACUGAGGAGCUUUCUGUUUGCUGCAGAUUUUCACUGAAGCAAUUUCAAGACUUCGUACUGCACUUAUUUUCCAUUUUUAAUGCUUGUUUUAAUGAUUUUAAUGUACUUUAAAUGAACUCUUCAGCAUCUUUUAAUGUAAUUGUACGUCCCUGUAAAGCACUUUGGCUUUAGUUAACUUUAUCCAGAUAAAAAAAAUCUAUGAAAUGAACCAAUAAACAUACUGUUUUAAAGGGACAGUAUGUAGUUUAAGAGGAAAAUAAGGUCCUCAGAACACGGUUUGAAGCUAGAAAGGUACAUGUAAGGUAUGAAAUUGUAAUUAAAGGUCAGAUUGUUCAUUCAGUCGUGAGAGCAAAGAGUUGGUUUAGUCGAUGGAGGUCUCUUUCUUAAGCUCUCUUCCUCAAAACUACAGCAUGCACCUUUAAUUAAAACACUUUACAGCAGGUAGACGAGGUGCAGUGAUCUGAUUGGUCCUCUCUGAGCCUCCGUCAGGUAUGUGGCUGUAUUUGCGUGCCGCCACUAAACCUCGAAUAAUGCGGAAAAGCAUGUUAGAACAACCUCCGCGCUUCACUUCCUCAGUGUCGGGUUUCAUCCCCGCCGCGCUCCCUCCUCUCCGCACGCUGCAGUCCGGGACCGUGGCGGUGGUUCUUGUUUGGAGUCCAGAGUUCGGCAGGACGAGGCUCACCGGGCCCCACUUCCCCUGAAGGCUGUCAGCACCGCGGGCCCGCAGCAGAGGGAGAGGACAGAAUGGACCCCUCUGUGAAAACUGUAUGAUCUGAUUCCUCUUCCACCUGAGGGCGCGUACCUGUGCGGACUUGCCCGUUAGAAAGCGCAGGAAUUAAACCGAUCCGAACACUGAAAUGUCGGCAAAUGAGAGAGCAACCCGCGCACUGAGGGAGAUCCUGCAGCACCCUGGAAAUGACGCUUGCGCAGACUGCGGCGCACCAGAUCCCAGCUGGGGCUCCUGCUCCCUGGGGGUGUUCAUCUGUCUGGCCUGCUCCGGGAUCCACCGCAACAUCCCCGACGUCAGCAAGGUCAAGUCCUUGAGCCUCUCCCACUGGGAGGACCACGAGGUGCAGUUCAUGGCUCAGAAUGGUAACGACCUGAUGAAGAGCAAAUAUGAGGCGGCUGUUCCAGUCUACUACUACAAACCAACCCACAAAGACUGCCAGGUGCUGAGGGAGCAGUGGAUUAGAGCAAAGUACGAGAGGAAGGAGUUCUCUGAACCCGGGAAGAACUUUACGUAUGAGGAAGGAACUCGAGAUGGCAUGCUGAUGAAGAGGGGCCGGGAUAACGGGCAGUUCCUCAGCAGGCGCUUCGUCCUCUCAGAGAUGGAGGGCACUCUGAAGUAUUUCACCAAAUAUGACGCUAAGGAGCCCAAAGCUGUCAUCAAGGUGGACAGCAUUAACGCAACCUUCCAGCCCGAGAAGAUAGGAAACCCCAACGGUCUGCAGAUCACCUACCUCAAAGACUACAGCACCCGCAACAUGUUCGUCUACCACGACAGCGGCAAGGAGAUCGUAGACUGGCUGAACUCGAUUCGUGCAGUUCAGCUUCAUUAUCUAAAGGUGGCCUUUCCUGGGGCAACCGAUGCCGAGCUGCUCCCCAGACUUACCCGGAACUUUUUAAAGGAAGGAUACAUGGAAAAGACGGGUCCCAGGCAAACGGAAGGCUUCAAGAAGCGCUGGUUCACUCUGGACCGCAGGCGACUCAUGUACUUCAAAGAUCCGCUGGAUGCCUUCGCCAAAGGUGAGGUGUUUCUGGGCAGCAAGGACCACGGCUACAACGUCUACCCCGGCUUGCCUGCCACUGCCCACUGCAACGGCGCCUGGCAACACGGCAUCACCAUAGAAACGCCCGACCGCUGCUUCCUGUUUACUUGUGAGACAGAGAGCGACCAGCAGGAUUGGCUGAAACACUUCGCUGAUGUCAUGAGCGCCACGAUGUCCCCGCAGGAGUACACAAUGGAGGCCUUGUUCAAGCACAGGCCUUGAUGGACACAGACGCCUGAGGGACCGUCUUCUUCUUCUCUCAGCCCGCCACCGAUCUGACACAAGACCCUCCAGCAUCCAUUCUGCCUCCGACUCCCUUAGUGAUUUGGGGGAAAUUGUUGCAAAAUCUUCAUCAGUAAUGUAUUCAGACUGGUCACAAAGGUACUUAAUAGUGUUGAAAAGAUAAACAUGAGGACUAAGGCAAUAUUAAUUGGUAAAUUUAAGAGACAUAUCUGUAUUUGGGUAAUCAAUACGACAUGUAAAUUGAUUUAUUUUUGUUAUCAUGUUAAAAUAAUGUGGUUGAAAUUUGUUAGACAUUUAAUGUGAGAUUCAAGAAAAUGGCGUUUUUUAAUGUGAGAGUUGCCUCAGUCCUCUUGUUCUAAGUGUUUUGUAUCCAAGUGUGAUGUGAUAAUUCGGUAAAACUAUUACUAAUACUAAUAAUAGGUCAAACCGGUACGAUUGACAGAAAAUACAAAGUGUCUACGGAUUCAGAUUUCUUUCUUUUUUAAAAUAAAAGUGAUGUAAUUCAUCAGUUGUUGCAUGUAAACUUUGUAACUAGUUCUUUAAGUCAGAACAUUUGCAGCCCACUUCAUGAGCUGCAGCUGCAUCACACUGAUUAUGGUGAUGUUACAGUCUAGAAGCAAUAUCUUCAGAAACACUACACGUACAGUUCAUAUCAUGAUUUUUUUUUUUUUCUUUUAAGAUUCAGAAAAAUUUUGAAUGCAUUGGGAUAAAAAGGCUGGAAAUACUGCGAGUCAUUAGGUGGUGAGACAGCGCCUCCGUGUGGCGGACAGUAUAAAAACACAAAUCUGUGUUAAAACAAACAAAAAGUUCCAGUCAUAAAUUAUUUUUUUCCUCUUUUUCUAUAGAGAUAUAGCCAUUUGUCUUAUUUGACUUUUUUGCUGCUGUUUUCCAUUUUUCUGUGUUUUGGUCAAAGAGGUAAUCUCCAUAUUGUAUGUAUUUCUUUGCUUGACCACAACUUACUGCCAUAGCAUAUGCAAUUAUCGAUGAUCACUAAUAAAAAAAAAUAUAUAUAUAUAUUUCCUUUGGAAGU